AUGGGCGGUUCCGUGCUUGCAAAGUGCCUUGUGUCGCUGGGCUUAUUGCUUGGUGCCGCUGCAGGUCACAAAGGCCCAAACCCUCACAAACGGCCGAAUAUCGUCUUCGUUAUCACCGAUGAUCAGGAUCUGCACAUGAACACCCUGGAGCAUAUGCCAAACCUGCAGAAGCAUCUCGUCAAGGAAGGCACCUCAUACAGCAACCAUUUCUGUACCAUUGCGCUCUGCUGCCCUUCCAGAGUCAACCUGCUGACCGGAAAGGCUCCACACAAUACCAAUGUCACCGAUGUGGAACCACCAUGGGGAGGAUACCCGAAAUUCAUUUCCCAGGGGUACAAUGGGAACUAUCUACCUGUAUGGAUGCAGGAAGCCGGAUAUAGCACCUAUUAUGUUGGCAAGUUGAUGAACGCCCAUACUGUCGUCAACUAUAAUCAACCUGUGGCGGCGGGUUGGACUGGAUCGGACUUCCUAUUGGAUCCUACUACAUACGAUUACUGGGGCGCAAAGAUGAGUCGUAAUGGCGCUGCUCCGGUGAGCUAUGCUGGCCAGUACUCAUCCGAUGUUGUUGCGGAGAAGGUCUUGGGGUUUAUGGAUGAUGCACUCAAGGGAGAUAAACCUUUUUUCCUGGUUGCUGCCCCUGUUUCCCCCCACGGUCAGAUCAAACCUCCUCCACUCUGGUUCGACAAGCCUGAGUACCCCGAACGACAUGCACAUCUCUUCAAGGAUUACAAAAUUCCAAGGACUUCUAACUUUAACCCUGAGACUCCGAGUGGAGCCGGCUGGAUUGCAGCAAUGCCCCGUUUGAACCAAACCCAAAUUGAUUACCACGAUGAGUACCAACGCUGCCGCCUUCGAUCCCUACAAUCAGUGGAUGAGAUGGUUGGUGACAUGAUUGAGAAGCUGAAGCAGCAUGAUGAGCUGGAUAACACCUAUUUCAUCUACACUACCGACAAUGGCUUCCAUAUCAGCCAAUACCGCCUUCCACCCGGCAAGACCUGUGGUUUUGACACUGAUAUCCGAAUUCCAAUGGUUGCUCGUGGCCCUGGUGUCGGCAGAAACAAGGUCAACGAUGAUAUCUCCUCUCACACCGAUUUCGCGGCUACUUUCUUAGCAAUUGCCGGCCAGAAACGCGAGGACUUGGAUGGUGUCGCGAUCCCUCUUAGCAAGAAUCUUGGAAAGCGCCAGAAGACUGAACAUACUGCUGUCGAAUUCUGGGGAGUGGGCCGCACUGAAGGAAUUUACGAUCCUUUCUACACCAAUGCUUUCAAGGACCAGGAUAAUAACUACAUUAACAAUACCUACAAGGCUGUCCGUUUGAUUGGAAAGGGCUAUAAUCUUUAUUAUUCCGUCUGGUGCUCCAAUGAGAAGGAAUACUAUGACGUUUCGGCCGAUCCUGGCCAGAUCAAGAACCUUGCUACCAGCCCAGCGCUUGCACACAAGCAUUCAAUCCGCGGACGGCCUUAUGACCAGAUCGUCAAUCGUCUCGAUGCUCUCAUGAUGGUCACCAAGUCCUGCAAGGGUUCCGAAUGUGUUGAACCAUGGAAUACGCUCCACCCCCAGGGCAAUGUCAAGGAUUUGAAAGAUGCUCUUCAUCCAAAAUACGAUGACUUCUACAAGCAGCAGCCCAAGGUCAGCUUCAGCUCCUGCGAGCUCGGCUACAUCAAGGAAGUGGAAGGCCCACAGGAUGUCAAUGCCUACAGAGGACGUCAUCCUCAUGACAAGAGAGAGCCUGAGUACGGAGGCCACUGGAGCUACUGGGUCUAA